UUAUGCUCCGGCUCCUCACAAAACUCAAUUCGUGUUAGUUACAGCCGUGUAAACCUUACGCUUUUCUUAUUGUUGAUGUUGACGUCGUCAGUUGAUGGAAAAAACAUGAGCGCAGCACUAGAGGAUCAGGAUCGCAUUCAAAAGCGUGUCAACAAAAUAUUGGAGACACGCCUGGAGACGGAUAAGGACACUCUUGAUGCCCUCAAUGGACUCUCGACUUUUUUCACCGAGAAUACGCUGCAAAAUCGCCGGAAUUUGCGGAGCCAAAUCGAACAUCGCUCGGUUGGCAUCAAUGAGAACUUUCUGAAAGCAUUCCGGGAGGUGAAACUAACACUCGAUGCCGUCUGCACAGAUCUCGAUACGAUGGCCAGCUCGGUGCAGACGAUGAAAACGGAUCUCGAGACAUCCAAGGCGCUGACCAAAGAUCUCAUCGAGCAGACCAACAAAAUGCAACAGGAACGCGAACGUUUGGAAAUCCAUCAACAAAUAGCUCAAGCGUUUCUCGCUCGCUUCCAACUCAGCGUGCCAGAGCAUCAGCUGCUUUAUGGCAACGUCAAGGAUGCGCCCAUUGUGCCUGAGUUCUUCAAGGUGUUGGACCGAGUGCAGUCCAUACAUUCCGAUUGCCGGCUGCUGAUGCAGUGUGGCUACCAAACAGCUGCGUUGGACAUCAUGGAGGAGAUGACGCUGCAUCAGGAGGGCGCUCUGGAACGCCUCUACCGCUGGACGCAGAAUCAUUGUCGCAAUCUGGAAAACAAUGAAAUCGGCCCACUGAUUGUGGAGGCCAUGAGUCGCCUCCAGGAUAGACCAGUGCUUUUUAAAUAUGUAAUCGAUGAGUAUGCGAUUGCACGACGAGCUGUCCUGGUGCGUCAAUUCAUUGAGGCGCUGACCGAAGGCGGACCAGGUGGAAAUCCGAAGCCCAUUGAGCUGCAUGCUCAUGAUCCCAAGCGCUACAUUGGCGAUAUGUUUGCUUGGCUGCAUCAGAGCAUACCCAACGAAAAGGAGAACUUGACACUGCUCUUUAAGAAGUGCGACAAGCAUGACAUUUCGGAACAGAUGCAAAAGGCUUUAGGCUACAUUGCCGACGGCGUCUGUCAUCCGCUCAAGGUGCGCGUGGAGACCAUACUCAGCUCGGAGCAGGACACCAUCAUCUUAUUCACCAUCUCGAAUCUGCUGCGCUUCUAUCAGCAGAUCAUGAAGCAGGUUGUCCAAGGUGGCACUUUAGAGCAAUGUCUCAUUGAUCUGCAGCUGAGCAGCGAGCAGAUCUAUUUGAAUGCCUUGGCUGCCCAAGUGCGCAGCGUACUCCAACGUCCAGCAGGCACCAGCUUGGCUCUGGAGCCACCACAACGCGAUCUUGUGCCGCCCGCAAGCGUGGCGCGUCUGCUCAAUAUACUGAAGGAGAUUCUAUCGGUGGCCACCAUGGUUGAUGGACGACAGGCAGACAUUACCAAGAUAGUCACCUGUGUCAUCGAUCCACUGUUGCAAUCCGUACAGGAGAGUGCCGCCCACUUGCCCACCGUGGACAUGGCUGUCUACUUGCUCAACUGUCUGUAUCACAUGCAGAGCACGCUGGCGGUGUUCGAGUACAUGGAUGAGCGCGUGGAGCGUCUGCAGGCGCAAUCGGAUGCCCAGCUGGAUACACUGACGUCGGAGCAGGCGUCGUCGCUGGUGGCCAAUCUGAAUCUGGGCCCCAUCUACACCAUCUUGCAGAGCAAUCAGACGAAAAUCGAAACUAAUCUGCUCAAGAUAUUCAUGUCCAAGAUGGAUGCAUUCCUCGAGCUGCCCGAUGUGCUGUUGCUGCCCCAGGUGCAGCUCAUCAUGUCCAGCUCGCAUCGCAACACAGUUCAGCGACGCGCCUUCAACGUCAUCGUGGCCAUCUACAAGCAGAUCUACGAACGUGUCCACGAUCCCGCCAAUGGCUUCGAGCAGCCCGAAGCCCUGCUGCACAAGACACCCGACCAAGUGUCUCACAUUCUGACCGCCUAGAGAGCAUUACAGAGGAGGUUUAUUUAAUUAUUUCAUAUGUGCAUUACUAUAAAGUAUAUCUA